UGAAGCAAAUCAGAACCCCCAUGAAAGCGAAGCAAGUCUGAACUCCUAUGAAAGUAAAACAAAUCAGAACUCUUAUGAAAGCGAAGCAAAUCAGAACUUCCAUAAAAGCGAAGCAACAAAUCAGAACCCCCAUGAAAGCAAAGCAAGUCUGAACCCCCAUGAAAGCAAAGCAAGUCUGAACCCCUAUGAAAGAGAAACAAAUCAGAACCCUCAUGAAAGCAAAGCAAAUCAGAACCCCCAUGAAAGCAAAGCAAGUCUAAACCCUCAUAAAAGUGAAGCAAGUCUGAACUUCCAUGAAAGUGAAGCAAGUCUGAACUCCUAUGAAAGUGAAACAAAUCAGAACCCCUGUAAAAGAAAAA